AUGAGUGGAAGAAUCCAGAAUAAACCUCAUAUGAAUCCUUAUGACUAUCAUAAAUAUCUCAUCAACGAGUAUGUGCUGCUUAAGCCCGGUGACACGAAGCAUUUACAGAAGAAACCAGUUGAAAACUACAAAAGUGAUAAGGAUAUAAUUUUGGAAAAUAUGAAAUUUAUAUGGAAUGAAGAGAAUCUGCCAUCAACCUAUGAAGAGAGACUAGCCAAGAAAUAUUACGAUAAGCUAUUCCGUGAAUAUGCAAUAUGCGACUUGUCUAGAUAUAAAGAGAAUAAAAUUGGUAAUAGAUUUAGAAUUGAGAAGGAAGUAAUAGUUGGAAAGGGACAGUUUAUGUGUGGCGAAAAGUCUUGUUCUGAAAACACUAAUUUAAGGACAUGGGAAGUUAAUUUUGCUUAUAACGAGAAAGGCGAGAGGAAGAAUGCUCUAGUUAAAAUAAGACUGUGUGACUUAUGCUCCGAGAAACUCAAUUAUCAUUCAAAGAAACGAGAAAUUAAGAGACUUAAAAAGCAGCACAAGUCAAAAUCAUCAGGAAUUAAGGAGCCUAGCAUUAAAGGAAGUUCAAUUGAUCCACAAAGUCCAACAACAUCUCAAAGGAUAUCACAAGAAAGGGAGGAAUCACCAUUAAGACAGGAACAAAUUGAUCCAAUAACAGAAGAUGAUUUAUGGAAACAGAAAAAUGAACCUGAACUUCGUGGACGUGACGAGGAAUUUGAUGAAUAUUUGGCUGAUUUACUUUUAUAA